CAUGCACAUCUCACUCUGGACAAGCUGAGGGUGUCUCAAACACCACGCGAGUUUCAGAGUGCAGUGGAGUGCUUCAAGACUGCCGGGGGAGCCUUUUCAACUCCGAACCCUUCUAUCAGAAUCAACAUCUUUCAAUCACCUAUUCACCAUGCAAUCCGGAAUCUCAGCCUCCGAAGAGCUCCAAUCCGCCUUCCGCACCCUCCUCACCACCCCGUCCCAACGCGGCCUCCUCGCCACCAUCGCCUCCGAACGCAUCGUGCCCCUCACCACCAUCCCCUCGACCUCGGCAUCCUUCUCCUCGGACCUGGCGAACCUCGCCCCUCACCUGAAACCCAACGAAGCACUAUACAUUCUCCUCAAGCGCGCCGAUGACCUCUCCUCCUCCACAUCCACCCGUACCAACAACACCACCAUCACCGACGACCCCUCCUCAAAAACCGAAGUCGGCACUCUAGUAGCCAUAACCUACAUCCCCUCCCCAGCGCCCGUGCGCUCCAAGAUGCUCUUCGCCAGCACGCGGCUCACGCUCGUGCGCGACCUGGGCAGCGAGCACUUCCGCGAGACGCUCUUCGUGACGGCGGCCGACGAGCUGAGCGCCGAGGGGUGGGCGCGGCACGAGGCGCAUGCCGAGAGCGCGGCGCCGCUGACGGAGGAGGAGCGGAGUUUGAAGGAGAUACGGGAGGCGGAGGCUGUGGAGGGGACGGGGGCGGGGAUGGAGGGGAGGAAGAGGGGGUUGGUGAGUGUGGGGAGGGUCGGGAUGAGGGUCGGCGAGGGGGUCGUGGAGGCUUUGAAGGCGUUGGGGUUGGGGGGUGGGAAUCUGGUCCAGUUGCGUAUGGAUGUCCAGACGGAGACGCUGGAACUUGUCGAUUCUUCUUCUUCCUCUUCCUCCGUGUCGGCGCCAAAGGAUAUCGCGGAUUGCAUUGCGGCGACGGAGCCUAGGUACGUGUUUUAUAGGUUCGACGAUGCGCCGGGUGGUGGUGGCUCCGCCGCGGAUAACGUCGUCUUCAUCUCCACGUGUCCCAGCGUGUCCAAGAUCAAGGAGCGCAUGCUGUUUGCGGCGAGUAGGCGGAGCGUGGUUGCCAUGGCGCAGCAGGAGGCCGGGCUGAAGGUCGAGAGGAGGAUCGAGGUCACGAAUCCUGACGAGGUUACUGAGGCGGUGGUGUUGGACGAGUUUAAGAUCAAGGGGGUGGAGGAGGCGAAGGAGGGCAACAAGGGGUUUGCGAGGCCCAAGAGGCCCGGGAGGCGGUAGGGUGUGUUCUGUGAGAGGAUGGGGUGGGAGAGGGUGGAUGGAGGCUGCUGGCAGCGGGAUGGAUAGCGAGUCAUGGCUGGAGACGUAUGCUGGUACUCCUCAGCGCUGGACAUAUUCACAUUUCAGCGAUGGCCGGUGUUGGUUCAAUAGAACACGAAUAGACCUAGCAAAAAGGAACAUUGAUUUUAGGUUGAUCCAGCAACCUCACCAUGAGCG